CACUGUGAUGGGUCAACAGUUGAAUAGCUAAACAAGCUACAAGGAAGCACUAACGAAGUCACAGAGAGAGAGCUACAUAUACCAAUCGAAAUGGUUUGCAAGGGUUGUGGAACUAACUGCCAGUGCUCGGGCCAGAAGUGCGGAGACAAUUGCGCCUGCAACAAGGACUGCAACUGUGUCUGCAAGAAUGGACCCAAGGACCAAUGCUGCAGCACCAAAUGAACUGGCCAACUAACUAGCCAACUUCUAAGCUGAAGUUUAACUCCCCCCUUCAUGAAGUUUUUGGUCACAAUAAAAUAAAGUUUAUGAAGAUUUCGUGCAUUUAAAAA